CGCCCGGCCCCGGCCCCCAGGAGGAGGCGCUGACGCAGCAGCGUGGAGCCCGGGAAUUGAGCGCCCCCGGGGGGUUCCAGCCGCCGGAUUCCAGCCCGGCCGGGGCCUGCGGGCGCCCAAAGCCGCGCCGUCCGCGCUGCUCGUCCCGGUUGGAGGGAUUCCAUGACACACACUCGGAGGAAGUCCCUUCCUAUGCUGAGUUCCGGCCCCACUGGCCGAGGGGAGCCCCUGCAGAUGGAAGACAGCAACAUGGAGCAGGGGGCUGAAGAUGUGGAGCCCGGCAUGCCUGAGAGCCCUGGACAUCUCACAGGGCGCCGCAAGAACUACCCGUUGCGUAAGCGUUCACUGGUUCCAGAGAAGCCCAAAGCCUGCAAAGUGCUGCUGACUCGCUUGGAAAGUGUGGCUGGCCCACGGAGUGCAGAUGAGGCUGACGAGCUGCCCCCCGACCUGCCCAAGCCCCCAAGUCCGACCCCCUCCGGUGAAGAUGCCGGCCUAGUUCAGCCCCGCAAGCGGCGCCUCGCCUCCCUUAAUGCAGAGGCCCUCAAUAACCUGUUGCUGGAGCGGGAGGACACCAGCAGCCUGGCAGGUGCGCGCCGGAGCCGGGACCGGGCCACAGGGGCCUGGUCUUUCUCUAAGAAGCGACCUCGGUUGGAAGAGCUUGGAGAAGGAAGUCGAGACCUGUCCCCAGAGCCAGCCCCAGAUGAAGGUGCCCGUCGAGAUGGAGACCCAGCUCCCAAGAGACUGGCCAGCCUAAACGCAGCUGCCUUCUUGAAGCUCAGCCAGGAGCGGGAGCUACCUCUUCGACCUUCUCGAGCCCAGGCAGAAGCAGAUGGGCGCUCCACUGAGCCCCUGGCACCCAAGAUCCUGCGACCAAAGUGGGCCAAGGUCAAUGGCAAGAACUGUCCCAAGGCUCGGCAGGGGCCUGGCUCUGGGGAAGCUACAGGGCCACCCAGCUGGCAAGAGCAGCCUGAUGAGCCUUGGCCAUCUGCUACUCCUCGUGGGUCACCCGUCCAGCCAUCUCCCCAGGCCCCAGGCAAGGCUCUGGAGAACCCCUUGCGCCCCAACCUGCCUCUGCUGAUGGGUGGGCAGGCAGCCCUGAAGCCAGAGCCUGGGCGUCCAGGCGAGGAGUCACCUGCCCCCAAGCAGGAACUGCAUCAGCCCUCUUUCCCUGCACCUCAGCUGUCUCCGCUAGCGAUGCCUGGCAACCCAGCCGACUACAGUGGUCUGUGUGGAGGGCCUGAGCUCACUGCGCUUGGCAGCUUCUACCUGUACUGUGGCCAAGACGGGCUGCAGUGUGGGGGCUACUCCUCCUGCCCCAUGCUCCCGGAAGGCAAGUUGUCUCCGGUGGCAGCCCCCAAUGAGGGGCUGCUCAUGGCCCCGAGCUCAGUGCCCUCUGGCAUCCCUUUCCAGCCCCCUCCCUGGAGCUCAUCUCGCUACUGUUCUGGUGAGGACACUGGAGUGAAUGGCUACAGCAUCUGUGGGGUGUUGCCCCUGUCUCUCACCCGAAUUGGCACUACCUGUGGCAGCUGCCCCUACAAGAUGCCUUUUACUGCAGAAGGCUGCAGGUCCCUCGGUCAGUUGGAAUUUCCUCUCCCAGAAGCUGGCCACCCAGCCUCACCUGCUCACCCCCUCCUGGGAUGUCCUGUGCCCAGUGUGCCACCUGCAGCAGAGCCCAUUCCCCAUCUUCAAACGCCCACCUCAGAGCCCCAGACGGUAGCCCGGGCAUGCCCUCAGAGUGCCAAGCCUCCGAGUGGUUCCAAGUCAGGUCUACGCACAGGCUCCAGCUGUAGGCACACUGCGAGGAGCAAGACCGCCCGCAGGCCCAGCCACCCCAAGCAGCCUCGUGCCCAGCGCCCACGGCCUCGCCGCCGCCGCCGCCGCCGCACUAACGGCUGGGUGCCUGUAGGUGCCGCCUGCGAGAAGGCAGUGUAUGUCCUGGAUGAGCCGGAACCCGCCAUCCGAAAGAGUUACCAGGCAGUUGAGCGACAUGGAGAGACAAUCCGAGUCCGUGACACUGUCCUCCUCAAGUCAGGCCCAAGAAAGACGUCUACACCUUAUGUGGCCAAGAUCUCUGCCCUCUGGGAGAACCCUGAAUCAGGAGAACUGAUGAUGAGCCUCCUGUGGUAUUACAGGCCUGAGCACUUACAGGGAGGCCGCAGCCCCAGCAUGCAUGAGCCUUUGCAGAAUGAAGUUUUCGCAUCGAGACAUCAGGACCAGAACAGUGUGGCCUGCAUUGAAGAGAAGUGCUAUGUGCUAACCUUUGCCGAGUACUGCAGAUUUUGUGCCAUGGCCAAGCGCCGGGGCGAGGGCCUUCCCAGCCGAAAGACAGCACUGGUGCCCCCGUCUGCAGACUAUUCCACCCCGCCCCACCGCACAGUGCCGGAAGACACGGACCCCGAGCUGGUGUUCCUUUGCCGUCAUGUCUAUGACUUCCGCCAUGGCCGCAUCCUCAAGAACCCCCAGUAGCCGCUUCAUACUCACACUGGGGGCUGCCUUCGGGAGAGUGGGGCCUGGGGCAGGGGCCACUGCUUGAAGCACAGCACUUGGUUAAGGGGCCAUGGGUUGCUGGCCUAUGGUUCUCUUGGGGGGGAGGGAGGGCAGGGGCCCUAUGGAUUCUGGGUCCUAUGGGAGAAAGGCAUCUAAGUCCUUAGCUUGGCCUGGGGUCCCCAUCUGAGUACCCCAGGGUGGAGAUUCCCGAAGAUUCAGUCUUCCCUGAGGUUGGGCCAAGCCUGAGAGACAUGGGCCAAGGAAGGGUGGGGGCAUGUAGAAGGGGUAAGGUCCUUCCAGAACCAGGCCCACCAGGCCCUUUUCUAGCCUCCUCAGGCCUUCCAAGGGGAGCAGGAGCCAGCUUUACCUCACCCACUGUGACCCACUGCUUCCCUGUCAGCCUGGGGCCUGGCUCUGCAGAUUCUAGCACAGCGCUGGCUUGUUCCAGUUGAGUCAAGGGAGCUGAGCUUUGACUUCCUCCUCCUGGACUCGAGGCUUUUCCCUGGCUUUCUUCCUUUACCCUUGCAGUAGCCACUGGUGCUGGCACAAGUUGACCCUGCCCACCCAUGGGUGUCAGCCUCCUGUCAGCUUUCCAUUAAGGGCCACCCAGCAGGUCUGGCUUCCCAGAAUACUGGUCAAUAUGAAGUUUGUCAAGUCUGGAAGAGCAGAUGAGUGCUGGGGAGAGGGUGGGGGGCAGGGGACAAGGGAAAUUGCUACCUGAUUUGUUGAAGAUUUUUCCUCUUGCCUUAUACUUGGAGGUUCUGGGAAACCUCUUGCAGAACUUCACACAUGACUCUUCAAGCCACACCCACCUGAAAUCAAACCAAAGGAGUGCUGUGGCUCCCCCUGCCCUGCCACCCCUUACCCCAGUCUUUUGUAGAUUGCACUAAUUUACAUCCCAGUGAGAAUCAACACUGUAUCAGUCCACAGACCCGAGCUGCAGCCACUUCCUCUAGGAGCUAGGACCUGCAUUUUCAGUUUGUUCCUGUUGCCCAGAGAUCGUUCUGGCCUCGUGCUCCCUGCCAGGGAUUGAUCAGGAGGCUCAGUCCCCUGUUGGCCUGGCCCCGGGCUUUCCGAGGGGCUGAAAGCCUGGUUAUCUAUCUGUACCUUGUUUGUACCAAAGAGGAGCAUGGGGUCUGGGAGGGUGCAGCGUGGUGCGGUGUGGUUUGGGCCCAGUGCUGGGGCCCAGUGCUGGGACCCUGCCGCCCAGGCACUUGUACAAGAGCAUGCUUCAGGGGCAUAUGCUGUGCAAGGUGGCACUGGGCCCUCCUAGAGAGGAGAGACACCGGUCCUGCAGCUCGAGGAUAUGGCACCGGGGCGAGGACAGCCAGGCACAGGCCUCGGCGGGAGGUAGUAGUGAGCCCUGAAGGCAAAGACUUGGCAACCCCAGGUCCAGGUCCUGGUCCUUAGAAGAUAAAUUACUCCUUUGGGUAAUUGGACUGGGUGAGGCUUGAAGGCUUCAGAGGUUAAUCUUUGUCUUGGAAGCCCUGUCCCGUACCCAAAGGAAAGACCUUGUAUUGAACAAGCUCUUUGGAGGAAGGCAUCAGUCUGAGAGAGCAAGGCAUAAGUAAGUUGUCAGAGCUGUGGUAGACCCCUUUGGAGCCUGCUCACUCUAGGGUGCUGCCAAGGAGCCCAGCCUCACCCACGGGAGAGGAGAUAAAGCCCUCCUAGCAGGUGGGGCUACUGCCCAGAUGUUAAAUGCUUUUGGAAUCUCUUUAGAUGUGGAAAUAUUUUUUCGAACAUGAAAAUGCAGCUGGUAGAAUUUCAAUGGAAGUAUAAUCCAUGUAAAAUAUAUUUUAGUUGAUAUUUUGUAAAAUGCACUUUUUGUGUGUGUCGAUCCUGGUUUCCCAGAUCUGUAUUUCAGUGUUUACAAGGGAGGGGGUACUUUCCUGACCUCCCUUUUGACAGAGAUUAGAAGUACUUCUUUAAGAAAAAUAAAUAAAUUUGAGAAAUUGUAUUGAUUUAGAAAAGAAUCAA